AUGUCUUGCCUGUUCAAUCUGUUGCGCCGCCGCAAUAUCUCUUCGUCCCUGAACGCCGACGAACAGCCGCUACUGCCAACCACGGCUCCCAUCUCCGCCCCUGAGAACAAUCAUCAGCCGCCACGCCCGGGCUCCCUGUUCGACGCGAUUGCACAUGCAGACACUGCCUUCGGUCACAGCCCGUGCGAGAGCUUGAAGGAGAUGAAGCUUCAUUCGAAGCACAAUUCACCGGCACUGUCGCGCCGUGCCUCUGACAGCAUGAUCCACUCUUCGACAACAGGGUCAUCCGUUACCGUCACUGCUGCUCCUGAGCCAAAGACCUUCGGGAACCGCAGAUGCUCGGAAUGCGGCCACCGCUGCUCCAUCUUGGGCCGUAUCGUGUCCAGGCUCAAUCACUGCCCAGCGAGCGACGGCGACUGCUGCGACGGAGAGUGCUGCGACGGAGACUGCUGCGAAGGUCUAGCCAAAUGCCUCGCUCGCACCACCUCUGGACAAGACGGAACGGUCUCUCUCACCAGCCAGGCAGCUCUGCUGGAGAAGAUCGUCACGAUGGAAGCCAAAGAGUGCCACAAUCUCCGCCACGAAGCGAUCUGGGAGUGCUCGGCGAAGGGAAGGCAGUACUUCAGGAAGGUUCUGGACAACAUCUCACGCAGGUCGAGGCGCAGCUUGGAGGGUACGGAGGACAGGGAUGGCAGUGAGGAAUAUGGUAUCUGCUGGAACUGGUAA